UUCACAUGAGCUCAGAUUAAAAAUUAAUCACUCCCAGCCUGCAUCCUUCUUCUCCUUGCAGAUCCUCAGAACUCUUUCCUUGCAGGUUACUUCCCUCCUCCCUGUCACUUCCAAGGGAUUUUGCUCCAGGAUGCCAUCCAGCAUGCCAGCAGCACACAGAGGCUUCUGUGAAAUGUCACUCCCAGCCCUGGGAUUUUCCAGCAGAGCCAAAGGAAUGGGGAUCCUCGUGCUUGUUUUCAUAUUCAUCUCCCUGACCCAGCGCGGAGAUGCCCAUGGACCAGACAGCUGUAACCAGGGAGGGGGCCUGUGCCGAGUGGGAAGCUGUGCUUCUGGGGAAUACAUGGCUCAGUUCUGCUUUGAACCCGUCAUUCUCUGCUGCAAAAAUCUGUCACCUGCCACCGCAGAGAGCUGAAGGUUUCCAGAAGAGCCCCUGCAGCACAUGGAGAGCUGCAGGCUCCACUGGCACAGCACGAGCAGCUGCUGGGAAGGAGAUUUUGUGGUUUCUGUGGCUGCGGAUUCACUCAUGGACUCCUGAACACUUUGGU